ACUUCGAGCUCAGCCAUGUUGUGGUUUUGAAUGAGGAAGAAGCGGGAGAGGUUAUCAUUUAGUGAGUUUAUACACCGUAUUUUUGUAUUUGAAGUAUUACAUUGGGUUAUUUAAGAAACAUCAAUUGCAUUGUAGAAUGUGGUACUAGUGAUUAAACCCAGUCAAGUGCUGAUUAAAAUCCUAGUAGCUAAAGCCACAUACAACCAGCUUGUUAGCUAGCUAGUUUAGCUAACCAGCUUUCAAGCUUGUUAGCUGUGCGAGCUAAAUAACUAACUCAUUUCAAGGGAAGGAAGGGGGAAGGUAACCUGAUUAGUAGUGUUGGUCAACUAGCUACGAUUUACUUGCCCCGGCCGAAUGACGUUGGGUGGCUUUAUGUGCUUUUGGCUGCGCUGGCAGGCAGGUUGGAAGCAACCAUAGCGAUACCUUUUUUUCGCGGGCGGGAGGUUUUAAAUUUCUCUAGGUAAACAUGUUCAAUAAAUUUUACGAAUGGAUUGGAACGGGUUUCGCUAAUCUCCGCUACGGAGUGUCAGCUCCCGACCAACAGGAUAACGUUGACACACACGGAAUACAACAACGGCGUCCGAUCAGGAGAAAAAGACCUAUCAACUGUUUGGAGGACGGAGAAGCCGUUGACCAUGAUGACCAAGCCCUAGCAGUGAAGAAAUUCCGGAUGGGGAAUCUUGUUGAUACUGUAAAGACUACGGCUGAAGGGGUGAAGAGCCAUAGCGCCGAUGUGGCUUUGUGGGUACGGAACAGUGUGACCCCUACCUUGAGGAACAUACUGCCUGCUUCCCCUGGGCCUCUAGAAGAACACCCAGGGGAAGAGCCUCCAGAAAAGCCCCAACUGGAGCCCUCAACCUUUGCACCUCCUCCCUCCCAUGUCUGGGAAGAAACUGAGGUCCUCGAGGUGAGGAACUCUACUCCUCUGGAUGGGACGGUUGUUGCUCCCUCAACUCUGAAUUGGAAAAGCUCUAAAUCAGAGUCCUUUAGAAUUGAGAAGUCGAUGAUGGGAUCGACGGUCUGCAGACGGCAAGUUUGCAUGGCUCUUACACAUCGUGAAGCACCCAAAACAAAUGGGCACUCUGUCAGUCAGCCUCCUUCCUCCAGCAGCACCUCUAAGCCAUGUCCCUCUCCCCACCCGGGAAGGACCCACUUCAGAACACCUACAUCAAAUAGGCGGUUUACCUCAGCAGGGUUAGGUACAGGAAGUGGCUCCAUCACCAGCAUGAAUGAGAAGACCUUCCCUAUCCGCGUGGUGCAGAGUCCUUCACACGGCAGCUCCUCUUACCGCCUCCUCAGAGCAAGGGCUCGCUGCACUGCACAAGAGUCUGUCCGUGAGGAGGAGAAGGAGGUGUACAGACAGCUACUGGCCAUGGUCUCAGGUGGACAGUCCUCCUCGUGUCACAACGGCAGCUCCCAUGGCUUUCCGCGCUCACACAGAGACUUCACCAGCUUCCUGAAUACCAACAGACGUCUGCUCCAGUGUUCGUCCCCUGCCGGGUCAGGAGAUGCCUCACGAGGCCCCAGUGGACCCCCAAGCCCCCGUCCAGAGUCCAGCCAGGGGUACAGCAACGUCCCCAGCCCAGGGGAGGGCUCUUCCAGUGGGGCAGGGAACCAGCCAUGGGCCUCUGACUCAGACCUCAGCCCCAGGGGACCAGAGCCAGUACAAUCUGUCCCUUCCCCAGUUACCAUACUGGACACCUCUUCUCAGGACUCACAAUCAUCAGCUCAUGAUGGGGACUCCGUAAUCAUUGUGAAAGAGCAGAAGGGCAAAACCCCAAACAGUUCAAGUGUACCAUGCUUCCAAGCUGAGCUCUGGAUCAAAGAAUUGACUAACAUGUACGACUUCCGUGCCCGGGAGAGACGGAGGCAGAUAGAGGGGCAGGAGGCCCUAGCUGCUCAGCUGCUGCGACAGCGUAUAACAAAUGACAGCCAGCUGGGCCACAGGGCUGUGGAGCUGCAUGUUAGAGUCCCUCUGGAGAAGGAGGUUCCUCUGGCUCCCUUCAUAGAGGAACCCAAACCCACAGAGGAGAAACCAGAGUUCCCCGAGCUCACUGAGGAUAUGGAGGGGGAGGUGGGCCGGGCGCUGACGGUAGGCAGCCAGGACGAGGUGCUGAGUGAAGGCUUCAGACUCACCAUCACACGCAAAGACCUCCAGACCCUCAGCCACCUCAACUGGCUCAACGAUGAGGUGAUCAACUUCUACAUGAACCUGCUGGUGGAGCGCAGUAAGGAUCCCAGCCUGCCGACGGUCCACACCUUCAACACCUUCUUCUUCCCCAAGCUACGCAGUGCAGGCUACUCUGCCGUACGCCGUUGGACCAAAAAGAUGGACAUCUUCUCAAUGGAUGUCAUACUGGUGCCUGUCCACCUGGGGGUGCAUUGGUGCCUCUCUGUAGUGGAUCUCCGUAAGAAGAGUAUCACAUACUUUGAUUCAAUGGGAGGGAACAAUGACGAAGCCUGCAGGAUACUGCUGCAAUACCUGCAGCAGGAAAGCAAGGACAAGAAGGGCAAAGACCUGGAUACCGCAGAAUGGACUGUGCAGAGCAAGAAACGCCAUGAGAUUCCUCAGCAGAUGAACGGAAAUGACUGUGGAAUGUUCACAUGUAAAUAUGCAGAGUACGUCACCAAAGACAAGCCAAUCACAUUCACACAAAAACACAUGCCCUACUUCAGGAGACGCAUGGUCUGGGAGGUAUUGAAUCGGAAGCUGUUGUGAUGAAAUCGUGGAGAGAUUUGAACUGAUAGCUACAGUUUGCUCAAGGGGAGGUGCCUGCAAUGAUGAUGGUGCCUAAGACGCUGUGGCUGUUAAACUGGAGGAGGAUUCAGCUGUCCGCUCCUAGAUGGGAAGAGACUCAGAACAGGGACCUAUGACCUUAGUCAGGUGGAGCUCUGAGGUCCCCCCCACACAAGUCCAAUCCAGUGGAGGAUCUGACUCUGCCAUCUCUAAGGGUUUGCUUAUUUGGUCUUGAGCUUGAAAGGAGGAAUGGAAUAGAAAAGCAAAGCACUACCUCAUCUCAGUGUUUUAUGUUGUCAUCCACUUUCACAAGUUGGGAAGUCUGGGGUCAUUUUCUAUCAUCCAGCAAAGUUUGAAUUGGUGUUUUCAAUAACAAAUCAUACUCAUCAGAACUUCUGUCUAGUGAAGUUGGACCAACCAGUAUUUUGUCACUGAUAUUUUUGUAAACUACUUAAGUACAGCUUAAAGAAAGUUUGGUGUUCUGAUCUGAAGCAGUGACAUUAUUUUAUUUAUAUCUGGACACACACAUUUGAUUGUUUUGAGCUAAAUUGAAAAUAUGCAACUGAUUACGGUAUGUGUACCAUUACCUCAGAGUAUAAUUUGUAAAGUUGCUAUUGUAUUGUACUUUUUUAUUUUACAUUUAUUUAAGAAUAAAUUCAUAUUUACGAUGCUGGGCCAAAUUGUGCGCCGCCCUAUG